AUGACCCAUUCCGUCCCAGUCAUAAUGCAACCUUCAAACGAAAUCCCCGAGCCUGAAUCUGCUCCUCCCCAUUCUGAACCCGAGCUUGAACCUUCACCUGAACUUGAGCCGUCAUCCGAACUCGAAAUAGACUUGUCGGUCCCAUUAGCAGACCCGGAUCCAUUCAUCAUGCCUAUCGGUAGUAGUAGCGGGAGUAGCAGUAGUGGCAACUUGACGGUGACGAGCGGAGUCAACUCGUUGGUUCUAUCCGGUGGCGGCCAGAUUUCAGAGGUCUCCGACAUUAUCACUCGCCGCCGAGCCGACUCAAUCGCCAGCGCUGCCAGCACCAUCUACCUUAACUCCCGUAGCAUCUCUCACAGACCAUCCCUCGAGGACGCCUUCAGCAGCCGAGCCUCGUCCGUCUCCUUGUCGAGACCCGUAACUCCCACAGCUCGUAAGCACAGCAUCUGCGAAGACCUUUUUUCCACACCUCCGACCCUUAGGAAGCCAGUAAACAGAGUCAUGCCUCCUCCAGCUCCUGCCCCUCACCCAGAUUUCCAAAACUGCGAACCGGUGGCUAUCGUUCCGAAUUCCGAUGUCGCUCUCCUCGUUGGUUCGCCUCACUCUCCGGACCGACGCAAGGUCCUCGCAUCAUCCACCAUCCUCACGAUCGCUAGUCCUUAUUUCCGUGCUUUGCUUGCCCCGAACCGUUUCAGCGAGGGCAUCGUUUUCCAGGAACACAAACACAUUGAAUUGUUGAUGUUUGAAGAAGAUCCAGCCGCAGUAAUAACCGUUUGCAACAUCCUCCACCUUCAGAGCCGAAAGAUCCCUGCGGUCUUGACCGGAGAUCAACUUGCCGAGGUCGCCAUUGUUCUUGACAAGUAUGAUUGUGUUGAUGCAGCUUGGGCUUGGACUAGAUUGUGGAUGUCGGGUGGUGCCUCUAAGGUUGAGCUCGAAGCAGACGGCACCAGGGGAACUGAUGAUGCUGCUCUCAAUGCCAUCAGCUUGAUGAUUACUAAGGAAAAGGAUCUAUUGUCGAAAUGGCUUUUCAUUGCCUGGGCUUUCAAGGAUACCGCUGUUUUUGAGAAUUGCGCCAACGCCUUGUCCUGGAAGCUAUGCGAAGGAGAGCAGGAAGACGAUGAGUUCUUCCAGAGACUUCCCGAGUCCCUUCAGCGCGACCUGAUUGAAACGCGAACAGCCUGCAUUUCUAGCCUCUACGAGUGCACGCAAGCCUUCAUCGAUAAGUUUGUUGACCCGGUUUGCGAUGUUGGAAUUCAAUCGUUCUACUAUAGGAAGCAGAGCCCCCGGGACUGCGACUCUAGAGUGCUUGGGACCACAUUGAAGGGAUUACGUGAAGCGGAACUUUACCCUCUCAUCAAGAUUGCUAAGUGGGAUCGAACUGCUGCCGAAUUGCUUGGGGAUUUACGAGCCGUCGGACGUAGCAUCUUCGGAGCCGACGAACAUCACCACGAGAUCACACCUGAGAUGACCUUCUUAGGGGAUUUGGAUGUUGCAAGGAAGAGCAUGAGGACGUUUAGGAUGGAAAGUUAUGUAAGAUAA